UUUUCUCAAUGAAUUCAUCGGCCUCGAAACCACGUCGGCAGCAAGCAUGCCCAUAGGUGGAUUGUCCGCGAUGAUUCUACAGCGGUCAUUUUCAAAGACCCUCUGCAGACCUUGCUCCCAAUCCAAUUUGCUCUUAUCCCCGACUCGCUUACUUUUUUGGUUCUCAACCACAAAUCUGUUCAUUUUGCUGCAUGUCCCCCCAAAUCUCACUUACUGAGUGCAAGGUAACUUCUUUUUUAUGUUGGUUCAAGAUUAAUAUGGUUUCUGCUUAUAUCUCUAAAGCUGGGACUGGGUUUUCAUGGAAGCCUUUCAGGUCGCUUGGUAGGUUUGUGAAGCUCUCCCUUACCUCUGCCAUAACGUUGUGCUUGGACUUGUGGUAUACCACAGUGGUGAUUAUGAUGGUUUGAUGGCUGAAGCAACUGGGUACAGUAGUUAUUUUUCUCAAACUUUCAUC